AUGCUUUCGUUCAGUGUGGGUAAUUCGGGCCUAAAGGUGUCUCAAAUUAUCUUAGGUUGUAUGAGGUUCGGCGAUAAGAACUGGCAGCCGUGGCUUCUCGACAAAGACGAAGCUCUCCCUGUGUUAAAAUACGCUUUUGACAAAGGCAUCAACACAUGGGAUGUUGCCGACACAUACUCCAAUGGCCGUUCUGAGGUAAUCAUAGGAGCUGCUGUCACGAAAUACAAAAUCCCGCGAUCGAGGCUGGUCAUCAUGACUAAAUGUUUUCAGUUUGUCGACGACGAAAAGGGGCCCAUCGACCCUGCCAACCUUACAUGCAACAAAGGCCCUCGGGUGAACCAGGUCGGACUGUCUCGGAAGCACAUUCUUGAUGCAGUGUAUCGCAGUGUUGGGCGGCUUGGAACGUAUAUUGAUGUUCUUCAAAUCCACCGAAUGGACCGUGACGUGCCCCCGGAGGAAAUGAUGAAGGCGCUCAAUGAUGUUGUUGAAAGUGGAAAGGUCCGAUACCUUGGUGCCAGCUCAAACGGCUGGCACCAGUUCAUCUCCAAGCAGUGCCUUUACAAUCUUCUUUAUCGCGAGGAAGAACGAGAGAUGAACCCGUAUUGCAACGCCACCAACGUUGGCUUGUUCCCGUGGUCUCCGCUCGCCGCUGGCGUCCUCGCGCACCCCUGGACCGAUCGCACUGACCCACGAGAGCAGAAAGAUCCCUUUCUACAACUUCUAUUCCGCGGCUCAAACAACGGCGCCGAUAAGUCGAUCGUUGAAAGAGUUGAACAGCUGGCAGCCAAGAAGGGUCUAUCCAUGGCUCAGAUUGCCCAGGCUUGGUUGCUUUUCAAGGGUUGCGUACCCAUUUGCGAGUUAGAGACACGUGAAAGAAUUGAUCAAGCUGUUAUGGCUUCUGAAAUUGAGUUAAGUGUCCAGGAGGUGGAGUACCUUGAGGAGUUGUAUGUUCCGAAGUUGGCCUUUCCUUUCUAG